AUCUAUCUAUCUAUCUAUCUAUCUAUCUAUCUAUCUAUCUAUCUAUCUAUCUAUCUAUCUAUCUAUCUAUCUAUCUAUCUAUCUAUCUAUCUAUCUAUCUAUCUAUCUAUCUAUCUAUCUAUCUAUCUAUCUAUCUAUCUAUCUAUCUAUCUAUCUAUCUAUCUAUCUAUCUAUCUAUCUAUCUAUCUAUCUAUCUAUCUAUCUAUCUAUCUAUCUAUCUAUCUAUCUAUCUAUCUAUCUAUCUGUCUAUCUAUCUAUCUAUCUAUCUAUCUAUCUAUCUAUCUAUCUAUCUAUCUAUCUAUCUAUCUAUCUAUCUAUCUGCCUAUCUAUCUAUCUAUCUAUCUAUCUAUCUAUCUAUCUAAAAUGCAUGCUGUGUACAACUCUAAACAUUGUACUCUGAGACUGUACGGAGAUAUUAAAAGUAGAUACUAAGCAGCUAUGGAAAAUGUCAUUACUUUCAUGCGAUAUUGAUAUCUUAUAAAACGGACAACAAAUUCAGCAGGAAUACGCGCGAAUUGAAUUCACUGUGUGUUGUAUAGAGUGUUUUCACUCACGUGGCCAGCAUCUAUGCAAAUUUAUUGGAACAAAAGAAAGCGUUUGCAUAAGAAAAAAGUUCAACUCCCACAGGAUUGGUUUGGGACACCAACAUGGCCGCCGUUUCAUUGUUUUGGGACACCAAUAUGGCCGCCGUGACGUCAUAUGAAAACACUCUAUAAGGUUCUGUUAAACUUACCCUUUUUUCCUGUGCUGAACAUAUACUGUACCGAGCCGUAUCUUGGUCCGGUACAAAAAAGCUAUUUAUAUUUAUACUGACAGAGUCAUGGGCCCCUGAUACUGAUAAAAAUCAUCGUUCAAUUUUUCGAGUGUAAAAUCCCUGAAAGAGUACCCCUCAAUGGAGCAAUAUCAAUAUGUAGAAGGUUUUCAAAGGUUUCACACCGGUUUGAGGUUAAGAUGUGCGGCGUGUCUCUCCUUGCAAUUUUUACUUUUUGAGUAUAUACAUGAUGAUAUACAAAACUCGCUUUGUAUUCCAAACGAAAAAGUAGUAUAACAGCACCGGGGCCUUUGACAACAAAACUCAUCUCCAAGCAAGCGAGACUCAACGCUACCAAGAGCGUUCUUGUCUUCUAUUUACAUUUCAUAUAUAGCUGAACCAGACAAAAAAACUGGAUAGUGGUGUCAAUAUUUUGGUUUACCAAAAAUACUCGUCCCAGGGACUUAUCGACAUUAGAGAGAUUAAGAUUCACGUUUACGCCAAACGGCAAACGUGAAUUUGUACCACGUGUUUAUUACUUCAACUAAAAAAUAAGUAGCUUCACGCCAGUUUUUAUUUAUACAUAAGAAUUGUUCUGGGCAGUUUUUAUCUACUUAUUUUGUAUUCUGAGAAAUUCUGAACUUGAAACUGACGUUUGCCGUUUGUCGUAAACGUGAAUCUUAAUUUCUCUAUUACUGCUAAAGGUGACCACCUGUCUAGUUCUGAUGGCCAGCGCGCACGCGGUUACUAAAUUUAUAAUUGUUUUAUUAUGAAGUUAAAACAAGAUUACCUCCUCGUAGACUUUCUUCAAAACAUUGGCUUAUUUCUCCAUACGAUUUCAUGAUAUAACCACUGAGAUGUUUUUCUCGCAGAUGCUCCUUAAACAAAAAGAAGAUAAUUCCAUAGAGCAACAUGUUUUGCGUAUUCUCGCAUUCCUUACCGUUCAGUUUUAUUAAAAAUUUAGCUAUUUUGUCUUCAGAUAGUCAUGAACAACAGUUUUUUGGUUCACUGGGGAAUAACAUUUGGGCUGCAGCGCUGGGUUAUUUAACAAUUAUUCCUCGAGCCCGAAUGGGCUCUGAGUCAAUAGCCCAUUCGGCCUUCGGCCUCAGGGGCUAUUGACUCAGAGGCCAUGAGGGCGUGAGAAAUAAUUGUUUUAGUAAAAUCCAACAUGUUGGUCAAAAAUAUCGAGACAAAACAACUUUAGCUAGUUAAAGCUAGACUUUAAUCUUUUUUUGCCGCCAAAAAGCCGGCGCUACUAGUGGGGUAUAACAUAUAGCCUAGUAGAAGCUUAAGCAAUCAGAAUGCAGCAUUGAUAAUAGACCUCUAGUCCUAUCUUUCUAAUAGGCAAUAUACCAUCGAAUCGAUGGCAUAUUGCUCGCACCAUCCAAUUAUGGUAGGCGUCAGCUGGUUGUAAAUUGAAGCUAAUCAGAAACGGCGAAUUGUUUGUUUUGAAUGAAUACUGAAUAAUGAAAAUUAAACAUGCCAACUAGAAUAAUCUCAAGUGCAUCUAGGAUUAAAAGAAACGACAAAAUAGCUAGAAUUUCACGUUACAACUUUUUUACUGAAUGAUCCAGUCUUACGGGGUGUUGGUGCAUGGUAUUGAUAUUGUGUUAUUGUGUGUUUCCCCUUUUAAAGUUUGAAUCGGACACCUAAUUUGAAAGGCAAAGAAAUACAGUCGACUCCCUAUCAGUCGAACCUUCCAGGGAAAUUGAAAACUUCGAGUUGUUUCCAGCAGAGCUGAACUAAUUUGUAUGGAACGGUGGGCUUGCGAACUCGCAUAAUUAACUGACUAUCGGUGCGUGAAACGCUGAGACUUUAAUAGUUUUUCAUUUCCUCGAGAUAGGUAGGAGGAAACGGUUUUGUAACGGUCUAGCCUGCGAACAGUAGACGCACAAGUACUUUUCUAUUUAUAGAUUAUGAUCUCAACAUUUUUUGAUGACGUCAACCCUAGGGUAUUCUGACGUCACUUGCUCCUUGCCUACUGAAAAUAAACUAUGACAUCAUCCCAUCUUAAUGCGAUGUAUGACGUCAUCGGAGUUAAUGGAUUUUCUCCGCAAGUUAAUGAAAUUCCCCCGCAAAAAAGAGGCCUAAAACAUCCCCAGUGUGCUACUGAAGCUAUUGUUUAGUGGUCCUUCAAGCAAAUCAUUGCAGGGAGUCCCGUAUGGCAAACUGGCCCAAUGCCCAAUUGCUCAAGCAACCUUUAUUGAAAUAGGUAUAUCGUGCAAUGCCUUCUAUGGGUAGACUCGUAUUUUAAUGAGCCAAUAUGAAUUCUCUUAUAUAAAUAACUUAAAGUUGUACAAAUGAGGAACGUAAGCGCGACCAGCAAGGUCUUUUACCUUCUUGAUGGGGUAGCAAGUAGACCCUGGUCCGUCGUUUCAACACUUCAUAGGAAUUCUUGCAAUUGUGACGUAUCGUGUUGCGUAUCAUAUUUCCCGGAUGUAAGCAGUUCCCUUCGUUCUGUAACUAUAGAACGUUACAUGGUGUUCGGAGUAGUGACAUUGAUCACAUCGCUUACCUUAAGCUGAGACUUGAGCCAGGCGGACGCAUCUUGUCGAGACUUGUCGAGACUUUGAUCGAAAUAACUUGUGUUACCCUCCCGAGCAUCUCGUAAAGCGUCUGAGAUGCGAUUUUGUAACUGUGAAACGAACCUGGGGGGUACACUCCCUCUGAUGGCCUAUACGGGGAGGCUCCGCCCGAAAUGGGUAUCUUUUUCAGGCUUCAGAUAGAUGAAAGGAUAGGGAUUUCACUAGUUGAAGUAUAUAAAAGGGUAGGGAAAUUUGUCAUUUGCGGUCUGUUGAAGGGCCUAAAAGGGGUAACAGAUGAAUUUUAUUGGUUUAUAAAGCCGAGAAAGCGUUCUACUUUCAUAACUAAUCCCUAUUUAAAAGACAGUGCAAUUUACAGCAGUCAAAAGGGAUGCAAAGUUCUAAACAAGGUUUGUGAUGAAAGGCGCACCAUUUGUCAAUAGAAGAAAUGCGAAAGGGGUACCUUUUUCGUGCAAAAUGGUAUAUAAAAAGGGUAGGGGGUUGGACCUUGGGGCGGAGCCUCCCCGUAUAAACAUUUGUUGAGUACCCCCCCGGAUAACGAUCAGUUUCCAUUACGAACUCUAGAUCAUUUACUUUUUUCGACCAUUCGUAGAUGUAUCACAUUGUAAGUACAGUAUCACAUGGAAAAUUGGACGUAUUGCGUGCUGUUGAAAAAGUAAAUUACAAUAAAUUCACACAUGUCUUAAAGAAAAAAAUUUUGGCUUGUGAAAAGUACAACUGUACUGUAAAUUCUCUCUUAUUUCACAAAAUUCGGCUGCCUGACGGAUAGAAACUUAGGGCCUGUUUACAUGGAGGUAGGGGACCCCAGGUAUUAUGUGGUGUGUCACCCCACCUAUCAUGUAAACGAGUUCAAAUUAAAGUGAGAGAUUAUAUGGACAGGCGGGUUACCCCACCUAAGCGGGUUACCUCGCCUACCUGGGGCCCCCCACCUCCAUAUGAACAGGCCCUUAGAAGUAGACAUAUGAUCAAGUUUAAGCAAUAAUAAGGAUAAAUGAGUGAUAAAGCACAUGCGUUUUGUUUCACGGUACAGUUACCAUCAAGCACCAUUUGAUAGUUCAAUAUCCUGAUAUCCGCUUUACACAAAACUCUGUAAUACAAGAAUGUAAACAAGAGUUUUGUCAGCCUAAAGUCAGCAGAAAAAUAAGAAUAUCCGGGUGGGCAUCUAGGACAUCGAAGGUAUACAUUCUUUGAAAAAGAGUGUAUCUACUUAACAAAAUUCAUUUGAGUUACAAAAAUUGGACUGAACUGUUUAAUCGUUCUGUUUGUCUCACCAGAAGACGGCAGCAUCAUAAAGGAAAAAAUGGCAAAGUUUCUCAUGCACACCUGAUAUCACUAUAUAGAAACGGCUACAGAAAAAAACACAAGGUUUAAAAAUUACGCUGUGGCUAUAUGGCUGGUCACUGGUCAAGGUUUUCAAAACACUAAAUGACCGGCAGUCCUAUAUUCUCCGUAAAUUUCACAAAAUCGAAAAAUCCCAGCAAAUCUAAAUUAUCUUAUGUCGAUUGAGAAAAGUCAAGCGAUUCUGAAAUGCUUUAAUCAUGUUGAAUCCGUACCGUAAAGUAUUGGAAAUGAAUUUAUGCAUAGGAAGGUACUCUAAAGUUGUCAGAUUAAAACAGCGUAUAUGUUGUGGUUCAAUUUUAUCCUUGGUAUAAAUUCUAUUUUCCUUUGUUUCAAUCUCAUUACCAUACAUUACCAUAAUCUCUCAAAAACACGGUCAACGCCAUUUGAUGUGUUUUAAGAUUUGCCUAGAAUAAUUUUGCGCAUAGUUAAAAUAAUCGUUAGGGGAAUAGUUACUGGAAUGUAUGUUCUUUGUUAGUUUAAUACAGAAAGAUCUAACAAUCUUCUUUUAAAGCAUGCUUGCUUCAAUAUCAAAGUGAAAUUUGCUGUCCUUUAACGGCGCCUUUCAGGCACCUGCCGCAUGUACAUUAAUAUUUAUUAUUGUCUUUCAUUUUCAGCGUUUGUAUUGAAUCAAUCAUCUGAAGAACUAAGUGAGUAUUGAUAGGUAAACCAACUUACGAAGGAAUUUUCCUAGCUUCUUGAAACCGAAAAAGCUUUGUAAUAGUCAUUUCCUUAAUAUUUGAAAGUUUCUACAACUAGUAUGUUUAAUUGUGUGCUGUGACCCAAAAAGUGGUCUUCCCUUGAGCUCGAAUAUUAUACUAAACAAUAAAAACAUAAUAUGCGACAUCAGUUAGACUAGUACUAACCAAAAACUAACAACGGAAAUUAUACAACCCUGAGAAUUUUUAGUUCAUACAGCAGGCAUGAAGAAGGAGAUUAAGCUGUAAGAAUUGCUGUAAGAUUCUGUGUUGAACGAAGACUUUAUUGACCAAGACUCCUUUGGUUAUCGGUCAAAUUUGCAUUCUUGAAUGCUUUUGAUAGCAUUUCUUCUCGGGUUUCUUCUGAGCAAAACAUCUUUUCAAGCUCUUCAUAUAUCUGCUUAUACUCUAUAUUGGCGGGAUUUUCAAAGAUGGUCUUGUUGAUGCUAUCAAUCACUUGUCUCCUUUCAUCAGGCUCUCCUGUGAAACAGUAGUAUUUGCCUUGAAACACGUCCUUAAAGGUGCACUUCUUUCGCUCCAGCAAUUCCACCAAGUUGGUAAUGGCACUUCCAAUCGGAAGAUUAUCCAACUUCUUUUUCCUUUCGCUCGGGGUUUUUUCAUUUACCAAGCGUCGGGCUAUUUCAAACAGCAACAGCAUGUAGACUUCAAUGGUCGCAGGAGAACCAUGUGUUACAACCGUGUUGGACUGAAACAGACUCCUGAUGUGCAAAGCAAAGGAUUCUGUAUCCUCUUUGUAGAACUCCGUUAAGAUAGGGUACAGUUGAUUGUAACUUUUUCCACCUGCAAAGCUUGCACUUCCCUUGGGAAGUCGAUAUACUUUCCCAUUGCCGGGUUGAUCGACGCUAGGAAGUGCUUCCAGUUGGAACAGCUCCUUAAUUUCGCCGGCUUGUUUGCUCUUCUGGCUGCUUGACGGCUCUUCAGUUUCGUCGUUAGCUUCACACUCUUGUCCGUUGCGUAUCAACAAGUAGGUCUUACCUGUUGUAAACUGCUUUGUGUCAUUCACAAUGCGACACAGCAAUGCGACGACUUUAAACGCAUCAAAGCCUGUUAUAUCAUACAUUGGUUUGAAUGUUUUGGCUUUUUUUGGUAUAUCGUGGUUUUGUAAUGGUCUUAAGCCUUGAACUUCAUAAAGAUGUUGAGAAAAUUCUUUGCAAGCUUUCACUUGACAAUCGAACACAUCUGUGUUACCACUACAUGCGGCCAUGUUGAAGUAAUUUUUUCACUUCUUUGUGUUUUCCACGAGCUUCUUUUUGUGCUAUUAAUUAUUUAUCCAUGGCGUUUAGCGAUAUAUAAACCAAUCACAGAACUCCAACUCGACAGACUCAGUUUGCUCAUCGAAAACAUCGUUAAAGUUGUUAUAUAACGUUUUCGGUGAUCGACUUCGAUCGAUUAGUUACGCCUUGCAAAGUGGCUUCGUUUUUCUCUAGUGGUAAGCAUUGCUUUGAGUGUGUAAAAAGUUAGCUAGGAUCUAGUGACUGGUAAACUUCUCACGAUAUAGAAUGUCAGGUUUAGUGUCCCAACCGCAAGGUAGAUACGUGGCCAUUCAUAAGCAGGUGAUCGAAAUGCAACCAACAGCUCCUCCUCCUGGCAGUGAAGAAAUAUUUUUUUUUUCACCCUACGUUUAAAACAAACCGAUCAUUUAACGUGAACACGAGAAUUUUAAAAUAACAUGGGUUUAUGGACACAGCUGAAACUCAUUGUAUACAAGAGAAGAAUAUCUUUCUGGACGAAAAAAACUGUUUAAGUUUUAAUUGGAGAAAGUUUCCUCUUUAUAAUCUCUUCCCGACAAUUCCACUCCGCCAGCUGGUCUUUUCUGUUGGUGAUAUAAAUAGGAGUCGUGUAACACAUCCGAGAGUCUCUAUGCCAAUGAGCGUUGAAAAACCUAACAAGCUACGGUAAUUCAAAACAGUGCAAUUUUUUAGUUUCUGUAAUAAAUGUUUCCUACAUUUUUCAUUUUUAUCAUCUAAUAUUAGUUGCUUCCUUGAUAUGUAAUAUAUUUUAUACUUUCGAACGUCCACUAACGGCCACUUCUUCACACGGCCACCUCUCUUACUCUACAACGACCAGUUUUUUCGAAAGACAUUCCAUACAUUGACUCUUGUUUAAACCUAGCCUGUGCCAGGCUCUAAGAGAUUAAAACGAGCAAAGCGAAAAUAAGACGCGCGCGACUUGGGAAAGGGGGCGGUGGCGGUCUCUCCCCAGCCCCCGCGCGUUUUUCGCAUUUCUUUUUACUGAAUGACUUUUCACCACUAUCUCGGAGCCUGGAACAGGCUACUUUAAACCUGUCUACAACGGUCACUUUCUUCUGUCCCCAAGGUGGCCUUUGUGAGGAGGUUCAACUGUAUAUUCAAUUCGAACAACCAUAAAAAGAAAGCCAGUGCACUAAUACAGAAAAAUUAAUUUGCUCUUAGUAUUUUUUACAUCCUUUUCAAAUUCUUCAUAACUUAAAUAAGAACCAAGCUCAGGUUCUCUGCGUUUUAUAAACGCCUUAUAUUGGGGAAUUGCUGUUCUGAGUCGUAAUUUUUUUUAUUCAACGCUCUAACCGGGUCUAGGUCUCUCUGGAGUACGGCUCGUUUAUUGCAUGGGUUUAUUACGGCUCUACACAAUCAUAAUACAAGAUUUGUCAGUAAUCUGAACUAUUUUAGGCCAAGAGUAUCCACCAACUUAGGUAAGACGUCCUUUAAAUUCUCCGCUCCAAAAAUCUGGGAGACUGUACCGCCUGGUCUUAAGUGUCUGCCAUAUCAUAAGGUUAACCAACCAAAUCUGACCUUGCUUAUAUGUUCUAUCACUGAUAUUAUUUGAGAUUUUAUUCCUCUCUUUAUUGCUGCCAAUUAUUUCAACAUGACGGUGUCCAACAAGAAAGCUCUUGCUACUUUGGACACCGUACACAAAUGAACUUAAUGUCUUUUAGUUAAUUAUUAUUUGUCAGCUACUUUAUUUUCCUACUACGUACACUUAUGUAAAUAUCCUAUACCGUGUGAAUAAAGAAUUGAAUUGAAUUGAAUUGAAUAUUGAUCUUGUACAAGUUGUUCUAAUUAAAUGCUUCACGAGAGAUUUGUGUGCUAAUAGCCUGUGUAAAAGGCGUUUCCGUUUAGAUUAGGAGCAAAAGAAGAGCGAGGAAGGAGAUUUUCGGUUUGUACCGCGCGAGAAAUGAAACGAGAGCCAAAAAAUGAAAGAGGGGGAAGGGGAAGGGGAAGGAAGGAAACCUUUCUUCCCCACCCCCUCCACGCUCUCUUACUUGCGCCAUUUUUCGCUCGGUCUUUGGUUCUUGGUCCUCGUUCUUUGCUCCUAAACCGCACGGAAACGCUUGCUACGCAGGCUAGUGUGCUAACACAAGGCAACAACCCCAAGAUGACGAAGAUCUUUCUGUAAUAUCUUUCCUUCGAAGGUAUGGUUGAGGGAAGGAAUUACUUACCCUUCUGUUUCUCACCUAGGUCGAUUGAUGAAAGGACAACUAGAGCUAAAUCCUUGGUCUGGCUGUACGAAGUAAGUAUGAAAAAAAUAGAAGCUAACAGAGUUGAGUCCGCCUAAUAUAGCAGAUGAGACUAAUUAGUCGAGCUUGCUUGAGCAAAGCGAGCCUCUUAAAAUGCAGUCGGUUUUUUUUGUCGGUGGGACCUAGUUUGUAAGCCACGUGUUCCUAGCGAAGACCGUGGAAACUGGGGAUAAGAAUCGUGGCGAGUUUCACUGUAUGCAAAUGAGACUCGUGAUUAGCAUGCGUUAUAUUCUCGGCGAUGACUGAAAUGACGCUCUUAAGUUUGGCAAUGAUGUAAUUUUCCUCGAAUGGAGGCCCUUGAUGUUCGUGUAAUUAUGCACGGCAUGCAGGCACUGAUUAAAAAGGAAAUAAGUAGGAUGAGAAAAUGUUAUAGCGGGAAAUCUUAUUUUGUGGUGUUUUAAGGGGUUAUGUUUCUCAGAAUAUUGUCUUCGACGGUUAAAUAGAUUCACUUUGUUUUAUGUAUUUAAUUGAUAGAUUUUCGCAGUUGUUAAGAUGUUAAGUCGUGUUGCACUUUACAAAUACUUGAUAUAUCAGGUAUCCACUGUCACGUAAUUUUUACGUGCGUUCGUGUGUAAAAUUGGCGUUCGCAAAUAAAAUAGAAACAAUGUAUGAAAGGCCGCACGUACAGAUAUGUAAGCGUAAAAGUAGAAACUCACUCAACUUGACGUUUAAUCUUAACACUUAAUUUUUAAGUGUACAUUUGCUUUCAGUACUCCUUAUUUUUCUUGUAAUUGUUGUAUGCACGACCCCACCAGCAAUGCUGAUCUUUUUAUCGUGCCGUAAACUAAGGUUCUUACCUACCCACCUACCUACCUUCCUACCUAUCUAUCUAUCUAUCUAUCUAUCUAUCUAUCUAUCUAUCUAUCUAUCUAUCUAUCUAUCUAUCUAUCUAUCUAUCUAUCUAUCUAUCUAUCCAUCUAUCUAUCUAUCUAUCUGUCUAUCUGCCUAUCUGCCUAUCUAUCUAUCUAUCUAUCUAUCUAUCUAAAAUGCAUGCUGUGA